AAUAAUUGAACUCAGAAGCCACGCCCACAGCCGAGCUCAUUUUCCGCAGUCUCUAUACAAGUCCCCGCCCUUCCCACGCAUUUUAGUCACGUUAUUGGUGAAAAUGUCCUGUCAAUCAUUGCACGCUUUCCAUUUUCCAGUUCAUCUGACAGCACGUGCCUUAGGCCCACAGGGAAGUGUCGACAAGGUCCCGCCUCCCAGUGACGUCAUGGCCGGCGGAAAAAGGCGUGCGUUCAGAGCCUAUUGUCUACCACUGGUUCCAGUGUCAGCGUAGCCCCGCCUCCCACGUACCUGUCGCUCGUUCAUUGGCGGAGAGUCUAGGGGCUGUCAGAGCAGGCGUGGUUUUUAUUUUUUUUGGUGACGCCCCUCCUUCCUAUCAGCGCUGACUAGGAAAUGUCAUUUGAGCUUAGAGUCGAGGAGCGCUGACCGGCUCCGGUCCCUGCGGCCUCUUGUUCCCGGGUGUGUGAUGAGGACAGUGAGCGCGGCCGAAGACAGAACCGCAGCUGCGGAGAGCAGCAGAGGGGAGCACGGAGGCCGGUGUCAUCGGGCGGACGAGCCCCGUGCCCGCGCGUUUUAAACCUCCCUCUUCAUUCCCGAGCAGUCACCGACAGUCCACAGACCCCUCCCGCCCCCAGCACACACCCCCACCCCGGGAGGAGGAGAAGGAGGUGGAGCGGCGGCAAGCGGGGGGGAAUCCAACAUGGCGGAGCACGCAGCCCUGGAUAAUAAGCACAAAGCGGCAACCGCCAACUCCGGGGCCUCCUCCCCCGCCCUGAGCUCCGGGCGCUCGGGAUCCGGCUCCUCGGCAAACAGCAGCGGCAGCGUGGUGGCGCACUCCCCCGGGGGAGGCCUGUCGGGGGGCUUGUCGCAGCCCGCAGGCUGGCAGUCUCUGCUCUCCUUCACCAUCCUCUUCCUGGCCUGGCUGGCCGGCUUCAGCUCCAGGCUCUUCGCUGUUAUCCGCUUUGAGAGCAUCAUCCACGAGUUCGACCCCUGGUUCAACUACAGAUCCACACAUCAUCUAGCGUCCCAAGGGUUUUAUGAAUUUUUGAAUUGGUUUGAUGAGCGAGCAUGGUAUCCACUGGGGAGAAUAGUCGGUGGGACGGUGUAUCCAGGAUUGAUGGUGACAGCCGGCCUUUUCCAUUGGAUAUUAAAUAUGCUGAACAUCACAGUUCAUAUAAGAGAUGUGUGUGUAUUCCUAGCACCUGUUUUCAGCGGCCUUACAUCAAUAUCCACCUUUUUGCUUACUCGAGAACUGUGGAACCAGGGAGCAGGACUUCUAGCGGCCUGCUUCAUAGCUAUAGUGCCAGGCUACAUAUCCCGAUCAGUAGCUGGGUCUUUUGACAAUGAAGGCAUUGCUAUUUUUGCACUGCAGUUUACAUAUUAUUUGUGGGUGAAAUCUGUGAAAACGGGCUCAGUGUUUUGGACAAUAUGCUGCUGUUUGUCUUAUUUUUACAUGGUGUCUGCUUGGGGUGGCUACGUCUUUAUCAUCAAUCUUAUUCCACUUCAUGUGUUUGUGUUGUUAUUGAUGCAGCGAUAUAGCAAGAGGGUCUACAUAGCAUACAGCACUUUUUACAUUGUGGGGUUAAUAUUAUCCAUGCAGAUUCCCUUUGUUGGUUUCCAACCCAUCCGUACAAGUGAGCACAUGGCAGCUGCAGGAGUCUUUGCUCUGCUGCAGGCGUAUGCUUUCCUACAGUACCUUAGAGACAAGCUGACAAAGCAGGAGUUUCAGACGCUCUUCUUUCUGGGAGUGUCUCUCGCUGCUGGAAUUGUGUUCCUAACAGUUAUCUACUUAACCUACACAGGGUACAUUGCCCCUUGGAGUGGCCGAUUUUAUUCCCUUUGGGAUACAGGGUACGCGAAAAUUCACAUCCCUAUUAUCGCUUCAGUAUCGGAGCAUCAGCCUACAACUUGGGUUUCUUUCUUUUUUGACCUUCAUAUAUUAGUCUGUACCUUUCCUGCAGGGCUUUGGUUCUGUAUAAAGAAUAUCAAUGAUGAGCGAGUAUUUGUUGCUCUAUAUGCAAUCAGUGCAGUAUAUUUUGCUGGUGUGAUGGUCCGUCUGAUGUUAACCUUGACUCCUGUGGUCUGCAUGCUUUCUGCCAUUGCUUUCUCGAAUGUCUUUGAACAUUAUUUGGGUGAUGACAUGAAAAGAGAAAAUCCACCAGUAGAAGACAGUAGUGACGAGGAUGAUAAAAGGAAUUCGGGAAACCUUUAUGAUAAGGCUGGAAAAGUGAGAAAACAUGUGUCUGAGCAGGAGAAGACUGAAGAAGGCCUGGGACCUAAUAUAAAGAGUGUGGUCACCAUGUUGAUGCUUAUGUUAUUGAUGAUGUUUGCUGUACAUUGCACAUGGGUGACUAGUAAUGCCUACUCAAGUCCUAGUGUGGUACUGGCUUCAUACAAUCAUGAUGGAACAAGAAACAUCUUGGAUGACUUCAGAGAAGCAUACUACUGGCUAAGGCAAAAUACUGAUGAACAUGCCCGAGUGAUGUCUUGGUGGGAUUACGGCUAUCAAAUAGCAGGAAUGGCUAAUCGAACGACGCUGGUAGACAAUAACACAUGGAAUAACAGUCAUAUUGCAUUGGUGGGGAAAGCCAUGUCUUCAAAUGAGUCUGCUGCCUAUGAAAUAAUGCGCAGCCUGGAUGUAGAUUACGUAUUGAUAAUCUUUGGAGGUGUAAUCGGGUACUCGGGUGAUGACAUUAACAAGUUUCUCUGGAUGGUUAGAAUAGCAGAAGGAGAACAUCCCAAGGAUAUCCGGGAAAGUGAUUACUUUACACCCCAGGGUGAAUUUCGAGUAGACAAGGCUGGAUCUCCAACAUUGCUCAACUGCCUCAUGUAUAAAAUGUCAUACUAUCGGUUUGGUGAAAUGCAGUUAGACUUUCGAACCCCUCCAGGAUUUGAUCGUACCCGCAAUGCAGAAAUUGGGAAUAAGGACAUUAAGUUCAAACAUUUGGAAGAAGCUUUUACUUCAGAGCACUGGCUUGUCAGAAUAUACAAAGUCAAACAUCUAGAGAACAGAGAGGCCCUUGACCAUAAACCAAGGAUCACGAACAUUGUUCCUAAACAGAAGUAUUUAUCUAAGAAGACAUCAAAGAGGAAGCGUGGCUAUAUCAAAAACAAGCUGGCUCUGAAAAAAGGCAAGAAACCUAGCAAGAAGACCGUUUAGACCAUCUGUUCUCACAUGGAGGAGUUGUCCUUAAGAGAUAACCAGUCUUUGCCUUUAGAUGAGCUCAUGUUCUUCAGUGGCAUGAGAGUACAGAACCAUCUGUGGUCCAGAAUAUUGUACAAAAUUUUCAGGCAAUGUCUGAUUACAAAAUAUAUAUUUAUUGGCUUAUUAAGAACAGCUGUUUUAGAUUUGUAACGUGAAGCCAGACAGACAGAGCUGCUGUCCUCUAGUAACAGCAGAUUUUUUUUUUUUUUUAAUGGUAUUUUUUUUUUUUUUUUUUUUUUGGGUGGGAGUAAAAAAAAUUUAUUUGUUGACAAUUUGGACUGUUUGCACCAAAGAGCCCUCUAUUUUGGUUGCUAUACAAAUGCAUACUUGUCAAUUUUUUUUUAUUUUUUUUUUAUCACAAUAAAGGUAAAGAUGAUCCUUCAGCUGUAUUUUCUUAAAAUGUAAUGCCCAUUUAAAUUUAGGCAUCGGUGUAUCUGUAGAUACCAGUUGUUCCCUUUUUUUCUUCUCUGCUUUCAGCUUAUUUUUUUUUUUUAUCUGACUAGGGUGUUGGGGUUUCUUCUGUAAUUGCUGCUGUAUAUUUUUGUAGGGACAACUAAAACCAUAUAUCAAACAAUCAUAAAUGUAUCCAACGUAAGGUGAUCAGCUUAUGUCAAUUUUAAGUGUCAGCUGCCGGUGAUGCAGAUGCUUGGACCGAGCCUUUUCGUAAAAUCAAUCAAUCAAGUGUGUGUGUGUGUGUGUGUAUAUAUACAUAUAUAUAUAUAUAUAUAUAUAUAUAUAUAUAUAUAUAUAUACACACACAUUGUAUAUGUUAUUGGCCCCCUUAAUGCCGCAAAGCCAGAACAGCAAGACUUGACAUGGACUAAAGAGGUCAACCGGAUUUGAUUUUAAAAUCUAAACCCAGAUAUUGAAUGUUUUUCCUUUGCACAAUCUUUAAAAUGCAAACAGCCAAAUAAGUUUGAAUGUUUACAUGUAAAAACAUAUAAAAAGUUGACAAGUAUACAGUCAUGUCACUACGCGAAAUCUGAAUUUAUAUAGAGGGUAUUAGAACUAGACCAGUUUUAGUUUUUUUUUUUUCCUCCCUAAAAAAUGCAGUAUACCUAACAGGUUACAUUUUAAUUAUAUCAGUUUUCUUUUUAUUUGAAACAUUUUAAUUUAUUUCAUUUUUUUUUUUUUUUUUUUUUACUUCGGUCUACGUCAUGCACUAAAAUGUAUAUUGGGUUGAAGAUUUGGGUGGAUCAUUUAAGUUUUGGCAGGGGGGGUUGGCAUUAUGCAGACUUAAACCUUUUCUAGUUGACAGAUGUCAACAUUUUUCAUGAUUUUCUUUACUAGUGACUUUUUUUUUGUUGUUAUAUAAUUACGUUUUGUUUUGUUUUUUGUUAAAUUUGAAUUUGCCACAAUGGCUACUGGAUUACCCUGUGUUUAGGAUGUAUCUUUUUUAUAAUACAAAUAAGAGGUCAGAACUAGUGGUAUCUCACAAAAAGAAUAUUAACUUUUUCAGUUAGUUUUUCAAGCUUGUGAUAUUUUUACAUACCAUAAAGCUGCAUCUCUGAUAAGCAUUUGAAUGCAGGUUCUAAGGCCACUGGGAAAUGCUAUCACUCUGUAAAUUGGAUUAAAAACUUUGGAAAUUGACAAUAGAAAAAAAUAAAGAUUUAAUUAAGGUUUUAUGUGUAGUGUCCUGUUUUUGUUUCUAAAGAAAAUGAUCAAAUGGCCAAUUUCUAAAUAUGUAUGCGGUCUUAUGUGACAGACAUGCUGGGGAAGAUUAGUCUAAAUAGCUCUUUGGAAUAGAUUUUUUUUGGUAUAGCUUAAAGGAACUUAUUUUGAAAAUGUUUAUUGAAGAAUUGAUGUGUGAAAAGAAAUGCAGUAAAAACUUUUAAUUUGAAAUAAAAAGGAGAAAAAAAAUUGGUGUUUUUUAUUUAUUAA